CAGGGCUGAGGCUAAACAUUUCAUGGCAUCGAUAAAUUCAAGAUCUUCUGAACUGCUGAAAUCUGAAUCAGAAAAUAAUAAGCAAGUGAAGGUCUUGAAACGAGACAUUUCUUUUUUAGAUGAUGACAAUGUAUUGUUAGGCCCAUUAUGUAAAAUUCAAAAGAAAUCAAUUAUAGAGGAAGAUACAACUGUGGCUAUUUCAGGGGAUCAAAUUGCAAAUAAUGAAAUGAAUGAUGAUUCCACUUAUAGUCAUAUGACAUUCUCUCCACAAAGAAAGUCAUAUUUCCAUAUGUCAGCCCCUGAGGAUGUUGACCUAGAGGAAGAUGUUGUGGAGAAUGCCCCAUGUACAAUAGCUAUUUCAUGCCACAACACACUUCCUUCACAAAAAAAAUCAUAUUUCCAUAUGUCAGCUCCCGAGGAUAUUGACGACUCGGAUGAAGAGUAUGCUGUUACUGAAGAAUCUGAUCAGUCGUUAUUUUAUUCUGGUACUGCCAUAAAUGAUGGAUCAGAUGAUACUUGUGGUUCUUACAAUGAAGGGGACAUCACAUUUCCUAUUAUAAUUGAUCUUAAUAAUCAUUCUGCCCCUCCUACACCAACAAUGCCAAGUCCAUCUCAUGUUAAGCAGCCUUUUCAAUUUGUCUAGUUUUAGCUCAAUGAGUGUUGAUAUAUU